CAUAGUUUUCACGUUUGCAUUCGAGUACAAACCUGUUUAUAGCUGAUAUGCAAUUUGUCAGGUCAACAAAUGAACUUUACAACUAAUAGGUGGAUUUAACUUGCUCGUGUCAUAACAACACAGGAUACGGACUAAACGCAUCUAUUGUUUAACAAAAAGAACUUCACUACAGCUUAAUUAUUUUGCGAUUGUGAACGCUGACAAAAUUAGAGCUAUGAUUUUUGUAAUGACAUUAAGCACUGCUCUAUUAUUGGCAUUUACUGCGGUCCAAGCUUCCCCAGAGCUGUUAAAAAGGCCACCACUCGACUGUUCCUUGGUGUUUUGUGCUGUUCCUGUAUGUGCGGAAAAUGAAGAACGAUACACUCCCCCUGGCAAAUGUUGUUCACAGUGUCGACCUUUAGAUUGCUCUUCGGUCGCCUGUUUGGAUCCUAUUUGUCUGAAUAACGAGGAAAUAUUCACACCCCCUGGCCAGUGCUGUAAUCAGUGUCGACCUAAAGUUUGUUUGGCUGACUGUUUAGAUCCAAUGUGUCUAGAUAGUGAGGAGUAUUACACGCCCCCUGGCGAGUGCUGUCAACAAUGCCGACCUGCAGGAUGUUCACUGGAGCAAUGUGUUCUUCCGAUGUGUUUAGACGGACAGAAACUAUAUACAACACCCGGAAAGUGCUGCCCAACAUGUAGAUUAAUAGGGUGUCAACAGGGAGGCAUUUUAUAUGAAAAUGGAGAUAAUGUGCCUUCAACUUCAAAACCACUUGAUCCAUGUGAGCGUUGUUCAUGUCUGGAUGAGACGAUAGUAUGCGAUCAUCUGUUUUGCCCCGACUGUGCUGGUUUCAAGCCCCCAGGUGCGUGUUGCCCAAUUUGUGGUACCUUCCCAGGCGAGCUUGCUACAGAGUGAUAAUUGAUUGACAAUUAGUGUUUGCUAACGACUCAGUGUGAACCUUAAAGAACAAUUUACGUUAUGGUAAGAUAGUUUCGUGAUAAGUGCUGCAGACGCACAACCAUCAGCGUAAAAUUAACUGACGUUUUAAGCAAGAUAUUAUUAAACUACAGAUAUGAGUCUUCAUGUUUAAUACCUUGUCAUUUUAUGCAAUAUUUCAUAAAUAAGAUAGCUGCAUGCAUUACAUGAACCAUUUAACAUUGUGUUUCAUAAACUGUA